AUGGGGGUCAUGAUAUCCAGGUCUUCAUGCUGCUACUGCCGCUGCUGCUUCUUUGACUGCGGUUUCAGCCGUUUCCUCAUGAUGUUGCGUAGAGAAUUGUACUUCUUUCAGUGGAGGAUUGAAUCUGUCGAAAGAGACCGGGAACAACUGGAAGGUGAACCAAACACUAAGAUUGUGAAGGGCAUUGUGACAAGCUGUGGGCAUGAUUAUGUCUGGAUCGAAGAAUGCAUCUUCUUCAGCACAGAUGAUUUCAUUGACCCUAUGCCUCUGCAAGCUGGAGAUAAAGUCGUCGCAUUUGUAGAGGAAGACCCACUAUCACAUGAACUGAAAGCCACUGAAGUUUGUGUUGUCAUAGAAGACGAUGGGCCUAGAGAACCAGACUGCAAGAUCCAAUAUUUAUCUGCUUGUGUUUCCCAUGUGAAGAAAGAUAUCAUCUACAUCGCUGAUGAAUACUACUUCUAUCUAGACAGUAUUUCUAAAGCCAUCUUAGGUUUCUCGCCUUAUGGAGGAGACUGGUUAGAUAUUGAGUAUUCUGUGCAACAUGAUUCAUCAAAAAUCACAAUACACUCACUGAAGGCCACAAAAUGCAGGCAACUGGAAGAGGUGUGUGUGACCAGUAUCCACAAAGGACAAGGAAUGCUGAACUACAGUAUCUUUUUCACCUUCCGCUCACUGAACCUUCCCACUGGAUACACUCCUCAUCUAGGCCACAUGGUCAGCGUGGUGAUAAUUCAGAGCAUCCGGCCCAAAUACAACUGGAGAGCAAUCUCCAUGACCCCAGUGAAGAAGGUGUAG